AUGGCAUGAGAAAAUUGUGGACAAACCAUUUUCAACAAAAAAAACCACCCUUCUUUCUUGGUUCUUUCUCACAACCAAAGGGUUUGAUAUUCAUCUUUCUCAUUCAAAUUCAUAUAAAAGAGCCUUCUUCAUUCUUCUAGACACCUCAAUGAAGAAGGCUCUACUCUAAUCUCAAACCACUUUCUUCACAAAUACAUUGAUACACAUAAGCACAUACUUAAUUCUAUUGGUAUUUGGUGGCCCAGAUGAUCAGAUUUUCCUCAGCUGCACUGCAAUGUGCAGAGCUGUUUGUGAGCUCCUUGGUGCAUGUGGUUUAUGGGUUUUAUAUCUUCAGCACAGCUGUGGCUGGUGAUCUUUCUCAGUCCUUGAAUGAAUGGUUUCACAGGAAUAAAUGCUCAGAUAUUAUAAGGGUUACUCAGAAAGAUUCUCAAUCUCUGAACAAUUCUAAUGAUUUGCCUCCCAUUGUUUUGGUUCAUGGAAUCUUUGGGUUUGGUACAGGGAGAUUGGGUGGUCUAUCAUAUUUUGCUGGAGCAGAGAAGAAGGAUGAAAGAGUUCUGGUGCCUGAUCUCGGUUCAUUGACAAGCAUUUAUGAUAGGGCAAGAGAGCUGUUCUAUUAUCUAAAAGGUGGGCAAGUUGAUUAUGGUGAAGAGCAUAGCAAAGCAUGUGGCCAUUCUCAGUUUGGCAGGAUCUAUGAAAAAGGGCACUAUCCUGAAUGGGAUGAGAAUCACCCAAUUCAUUUUGUUGGGCAUUCAGCUGGUGCACAAGUUGUUCGUGUUUUGCAGCAAAUGCUUGCGGAUAAGGCAUUUAAGGGACAUGAAAACGCUUCUGAAAACUGGGUACUAAGCCUUACAUCAUUGUCUGGUGCUUUCAAUGGAACCACUAGAACGUACUUAGAUGGAAUGCAGCCAGAAGAUGGAAAGUCCUUGAAACCUCUGUGUCUGUUGCAAUUAUGUCGGUUAGGGGUUAUACUCUAUGAUUGGUUGGACAUAUCCUGGUUAAAAGAGUACUAUAAUUUUGGGUUUGAUCAUUACAACUUGACAUGGAAGAAAAUUGGUUUUUGGGGUCUUGUUGAUUGUCUCCUAGGGAAAACUGGCCCUUUCGCGUCUGGAGACUGGAUCCUGCCUGAUCUUACAAUCCAGGGUUCAUUGCGACUGAACAGCCAUUUAUCUACUUUCCCUGAUACAUACUAUUUCAGUUAUGCGACGAAGCGCACAAGGAGUGUUCUGGGUUUUACAGUUCCGUCUGGAAUAUUGGGAAUUCACCCUUUACUUUUCAUAAGAGUUCUGCAGAUGUGUCAUUGGUGUCAUCCUUCUGAUGCGUCUCCCCCAUUUAAAGGCUAUCGGGAUGAAGAUUGGUGGGAUAACGAUGGAGCUCUUAACACCAUAUCAAUGACUCACCCUCGUUUCCCAGUUGAACACCCAAGUUGCCUUGUUGAAAGCAAUUCUGAGUUCCAAAAUGUGCAACCAGGCAUCUGGUAUUAUAAGUUUGUGGAAGGUGAUCACAUUCUUUUCAUAAUUAACCGAGAAAGAGCAGGAGUCCAAUUCGAUUUGUUGUAUGACAGCAUUUUUGAACGGUGCAGAAAGCAUGCAUUUAGGAAAACACCAUUAACAUUGCCAAACCAGUAGCAUACAAUACUAUCCAGAGGAGGAAGUGCAGAAGAUGAAUGAAAAUAUAGCUUGUAUUUAAUCAGAGAUUAAGUCUUUCUAAUGAUUUUUUACUUUUGCCAUUCUUUCCCUGAUGUGUAUAUGUGUAUUUUCCUAGAGGAAGGUCUUGUAACUCUGAGUAAGAAUUUGGAGUAAUGAGUAAGAAUUUGGAGUAAUUAAGUAUAGUUUGGUAAA